UUUGGUAACAAAAACCAGCAAAACAAAUGGAUACAAAACACCUCCCCUCGAACUUAAGAGACGACAUGAUAAGCGAAGAAACAAAGAGUUUGAUCUCUUCGCUUCCUUCACACACUGAUGCCCAAGGGGGCAAGAUUUGCAAGUAUCAAGGAUGUUGGUAUCACUACAAUACUCUCCAAGGCGUUCUUAAUUUUCAGAGAGGUUUUCAACCACAAGACACAGAUAUCAUCCUUGCUUCUUACCCCAAAUCAGGCACCACUUGGCUCAAGGCCCUCACAGUAGCCCUCUGCGAUAGAUCAAACAACCAUUCUUCUUAUGAUCACCAUCCUCUACUAUCUGUUAAUCCUCAUGGCAUUGUACCAUUCUUGGAGCUCAAUAUUUAUCACGAAAGCUCAAGUCCUGACCUGGCCAAGUUCUCAUCAGUUCCGAGGCUGUUCGCAACUCACAUGCCACUGCACGCGAUGCAUGAGACUAUCAAGGACUCUCCUUGCAAGAUUGUGUACAUAUGCAGGAACGUGAAGGACACACUGAUCUCAUGGUGGUUUUUCAAAUGCGCUGUUUAUAAAACAGAACUAAAUAGAAGUAGUCUCGAGUCUAUAUUCAAAUCGUUCUGCAACGGAACUUUUUCUUAUGGACCUUUUUGGGAACAUCUCUUGAGCUACUGGAGAGGAAGCCUGGAAGACCCAAAGCGUGUUCUUUUUAUGAAGUAUGAAGAGAUGAAAGAGAAGCCUCAUGAUCAGAUUAAGAGACUUGCGGAUUUCUUGGGUUGUCCAUUUACUAAGGAAGAAGUGAAAAAUGGAUUGGUGAACGAAAUCCUGGACCUUUGCUCUCUGCGUAAUCUUAGCGGUUUGGAGAUUAACAAAACCGGGAAAAUAAACAACAUAGAUCACAAGGUUUUUUUCCGCAAAGGAGAAGUUGGAGACUGGAAGAAUUAUCUAACUCCUGAAAUGGAGAAUCAGAUAGACACGAUCAUCCAAGAGAAACUCCAAGGUUCUGGUUUGAAAUUCUAGAGUUACGUGUGUUUAUGGUUUGUGUGUUUCUUUGAUGGUGCAAAAUAAGAAUACCUUCCGUUGUUAUAUUUUUAUUUUUAAAAUGUAUUUUUCUUUUCUCUUUUCCAUUGGAAUUCACCUCGGGGAAUUAGGAAUCC